CCGUAGGAUUGUACUGUUUAUUAAAUGUAUUUUCCAGCCAUGUGAAAAGAUUUAAGCAAGCUAAUGUAGAGCGAGUCAAAACCGGAAACAAAUACAAGUCUUCGAAAUACUGGGUUAUCAAAAAUACAUUUUCGUUGAAUUUUACCAAUCCUGUGCCCACCGAUGUCCAUUAAAACAGUAUGUAGGUAUAAAAUGUACCUUUUGGACAAGGUGCAGUUACUCGUAAGGUGCGAUUUGUGCAGCGAGGAAGCAGUUUUGCAUUUGUUUUGAAGGCCUCGCCCGGAUGCGGUGUCCUUCGGGCCUCUAGUUUGACGCGUCUCUGGCUGUCUACGUGCAGCACGAAAGUUUCCAGGACGCGUUUUCCUGCGACCGCGGUCCCGGGAGCCACAGACGGCGGGCGACGAUGCUUCCUGGCGGCUUCGCCACGGCGUUAGUUCUCCUGGGCUCGGGCCUGCUCUCGGCGCGGGCCCAGUACGAGAAGUACAGCUUCCGGAGCUUCCCCGCGAGCGAGCUGAUGCCGCUGGAGCCCACGUACGAAUACGCGAUGCAGCAGUACGCCGCGCGCAACUGGGCCGAGAGCGUCAAGUACCUGGAGCACAGCCUGAGGCUCCGUCGGCUGCUCCGGGACAGCGACGCCUUCUGCGCCCGCGACUGCGGCAACGUGAGCCGGGCAGGGCGAAACGGGGACGACGGGCACCUCCGCGUCGUGCGCCACAUCCUCGAGAGGGCGGCGUGCCUCAAGAAGUGCAAGGCCGGCUUUCCCGUCUUCAAACUCGCGCAUCCGCGGCGAGACCUCCUGGAGAGCUUCGACAAAAGGACGCCUUAUCGAUUCAUACAGUACGCCUACUUCCAGCUGAACAACUUCCCGAAGGCCGUGUCGGCGGCUCACACUUACCUGAAGAAGAACCCCAAAGACCCCGCGCUGACCAAGAACAUGAACUACUACAAGACGCUGGCGGACGUGGACCCCUACCUCAUCGACCACGAGGAGCAUCCACACGAGAGCGUGUUCGUGAAGAGCGUCACGCUGUACAACGGCGGCGACUUCAGCGGCAGCGCUCGGCACAUGGAGCAGGCCGUCGCCUCCUACUUGGACGCGUACGGCGACUGCGUGGCCGCCUGCGACGGGGCCUACGAGAUCCUCGAGUUCAAGGACUUCUACCCGACGUUGGCCGAUUUGUACUCGGAGGCGCUGCGAUGCAAGGUGGGGUGCGAGCAGCAGUUGACCCCCAGCGUGGGGGGCUUCUUCGUGGACAAGUUCGUGGCCACCAUGUACCACUACCUCCAGUUCUCAUAUUAUAAACUGAAUGACGUGAAGAGCGCCGCCCCGUGCGCCGCCAGCUACGUGCUGUUCGACCCCGCCGACCAGGUGAUGCGGCAGAACCUGGACUACUAUCGUUUCUACCGGGAACAGUGGGGGCUCGACGACCGGGAUUUCCAGCCGCGGCCCGAGGCCUCCAGAUACUUCAACGAGACCGCCAAGCAGAAGGAGAUGCUGCACUUUGCGCUCAACUACCUACAAACAGAGGACGAAGGCGAGGUGAGUCCGGAGGCGGAGGCGGCGGCGGCGGCGGCCUCCCGGCGUUCCCAGCACCCCGACGCCGAGUUCGAGGGGGUGGGCGACUACGAGGAGUCCUUGCUGUCCGAGUGGUGGCAGGAGCCCAAGACCAAGUGGGACACGGGGGAGGUGCUGGAGUGAACUUUGAACCUGAACAAGGAAGGAGGACCUCAUCAUGUUGAUCGUUGCGAGAUUGACAUGUUCGCUCUUUGGCUGUCAUCAGCCUUUAUUAUUAAAUUUUAUUUUUAUUUGACUUUGAACACCCUCGCAGGUUUUAUUAGAACAAAAGAAACAAAUGCAGUCCCCCUCCCCUUUUUUUUUUUUUUUUACCCCCCUCCCUACCCGUAUUUGGCUCACUACAACAAAAGGCGAUAAUCAUUUUUGCUGUAAUAUUUGUGUAAUUUAUUGUUGAUUUUGUCGAAGAAAAACCCUGUAUGACUUUUUA